AUGUCAUCAAAUGGAACAGUUAAAAUCAAUAUCAUCAAUGUGGAUCCAACUCACAAACAACUAAAAACAGAAAAAGUCAAACUAAAGAUAUUGUGUUUUGAUAUAUCAAACUACUCACAAACAGCACAAUUCUCCAUAUGUACAUUUGCAGUAUUUGUAUUUUUCAUACUCUAUGGCUACAUGCAAGAGUUAAUCUUUACCAUAGAUGGAUUCAAACCUUUCGGAUGGUAUUUAACAUUAGUGCAAUUCUUUUUUUACACUCUUUUUGGACUAACAGAGAAGUACCUGCAAGGAGUUGGAAGCAGAAAAAUUCCAAUCAAAACUUAUGCAUUACUAGCAUUACUUACCCUUGGUACAAUGGGCUGUUCCAAUUCAUCUCUUGCCUAUCUUAACUAUCCAACACAGGUGAUUUUUAAAUGCUGCAAAUUAAUUCCAGUUAUGAUUGGUGGAAUAAUCAUUCAAAAGAAAUUAUAUGGAGUGUUGGAUUUUUGUGCUGCUUCAUUAAUGUGUGUGGGCUUGAUAUUAUUUACUUUAGCUGAUUCAAUGGUUGUGCCUAAUUUUAACAUGACUGGUGUGAUUAUAAUUUCAAUUGCACUGCUCUGCGAUGCAAUUAUAGGCAAUGUGCAAGAAAAAUCCAUGAAAUCACAUGGUGCGACAAAUGUUGAAGUGGUUUUAUACUCUUACUCCAUUGGACUUGCAUAUUUAUUUGCAUUUAUGUUUGUCAGUGGUGAUUUAUUCAAAGGAUAUGUGUUCUUUUCAGAGGAUAGUUUAGUGAAAUAUGGAUAUGCAUUUGUCUUCUCUUUGACUGGAUAUUUGGGUAUCCAGAUUGUGUUGACUCUAGUCCGAACUUGCGGUGCAUUCGUCGCUGUUACAGUCACAACAUGCCGCAAAGCAGUCACGAUAAUAUUUUCAUUUUUAUUCUUUAGCAAACCAUUCGUAUUUCAGUAUGUAACGUCUGGAUGUCUGGUUGUCGCCGGAAUAUAUUUGAAUAUGUAUAGCAAACGUCAUCCAACUGCUGGGCGAGAUAUCUGUCGCAAGUUGAAUGAAUUUUCGAGGUUGGUGAGACGACGGCGUACCGCGCGACAGUUUAGCAGGUUUACCACAGAAUUGUAAAUAUAUUAUACAUAUUUAUCGGAAAUAAAUAUCUGCAAUUUG